AUGAUUCUUCGUUUGAAGAACCAAACUCUCGGCAAAAUCAAAUCACUCUCUUCCUUAGUUUUCCGACGAAACUCACACUCUCAGAAACCCGGUCACGAUCGCCGGAGAAGAGUGUACGAGUACGAUGGAAGUACUCAAGUCAAGGAGAAGAAGGAGCACCAUGGCUUGCUUCUGUGCAAGAGCAAAGGCCAACACCUUCUCACGAAUACCCGAAUCCUCGACGCCAUCGUCCAAUGCUCCGAUGUGAGGCCCACCGAUACUGUCUUGGAGAUUGGGCCUGGUACUGGCAAUCUCACCAUGAAGCUUCUAGAAGCUGCCCACAGUGUCGUCGCCGUCGAGUUAGAUAAGCGUAUGGUCGAGAUUCUCCGCAAAAGAGUUUCUGAACAUGGCUUUCAAGAUAAACUUACGAUAAUUGAAAAAGAUGUUCUCAAGACAGAUUUCCCAGAGUUCGAUCUCGUGGUCGCAAACAUUCCAUACAACAUAUCAUCCCCUCUGGUAGCGAAGCUUGUGUACGGCUCCAACACCUUCCGCAGCGCCACGCUCUUGCUUCAGAAAGAAUUCUCCCGCCGGCUCUUGGCUAAUCCUGGAGAUUCCGAUUUCAACAGAUUGGCCGUCAAUGUGAAGCUAGUGGCUGAUGUCAAACUCGUAAUGGAUGUGAGUAAAAGAGAGUUUGUUCCACCCCCUCAAGUCGAUUCAUCUGUGGUUAUCAUCAGGCCAAAGGAGGUUAAACCGGAUGUUCAUGUUCAGGAGUGGCUAGCAUUUACUCGCACCUGUUUCGGGAACAAGAAUAAGACAUUGGGUUCCAUUUUUAGGCAGAAGAAGAAGGUCCUGGAGUUGCUCGGUUUUUCUGCUAGGAGAAACGGUUCCAAGGUUGCAAGUACGAAUAAGACAUGUGGUGGUCAUUUUGACAGUGAUGUUGAAGAAGAUGAAGAUAAUUUCUUGUGUUUGGAUACAGAUGCAAGCAUGUUCAAGGAAAGGGUGAUUGGGAUUCUGAGUUCGAAUGGGUUCGAAGACAAGAGACCAUCGAAGCUUUCUCAUGCUGAGUUUUUACAUUUGCUCUCUUUGUUUAACCAAGCUGGUAUUUUCUUCCAUGAUCUUGCAUCCUUUUCGCCAAUGGAUUUACACGAUUAA